AUGGAUCCCUAUUCUUGUCGAAAUUGCCAUUGCAAUGAAAUCAAGAUGUUGAAAUCGAUCUUAUUCACACUUGCUAUCCUUUUGGCUACAACUACAAAUAGAGGAGAAGCAUUGAAAGACGAAAAACAGUUGGCUAUGGAUGUAGUUGAGCAUAUUAGACAAAUCCGAAGUACUCAACCUAUCGUCGCUUGGAUAAGCGGCAAUUCUGCUGGAUGUAAAAGAUUGCCCAGUUCCGCCAGAUCAUUUUGUGGCACUGAUUAUAACUCACCAGCCACUUAUGUUAAUAGUAUUGGUCCUAUAUUUUCUACACUCCAGGCCAGCUUUUCUCUAUUGCAACAAACAUUAGGUAGCACUUGUACUAAUGCACUAAAGACCAUUCUCUGCCAAGGAGCUCUUCCCCGGUGUUCCUCUGAUUCUUCAACAGCUACCUUUGGAAAUUUUCAAAGCGCAUGUACGUCACUAAGCUCUUGCGGUGUCAUUAACAUCCCUAACAUUGGUAGCCAAUCAUUUUCACAAUACUGUAAGCAAUCGGGAAGAACAUUUAGUUUGAUAACGUGUUCUAAAUUUAGUGGAUCAACGUUGAACUCUCAAUAUUGUGGAGCAUUACCGGCAAACAUUACUUUUCCAAAUUAUUUACUGCAAAAUAUGGCUACUCUAGGCGCAGCAAUUAGUGCGCUACAAACAACUUUCUCUACCGGGGGAGUUAGCAAUAGUUGUAGAGCUAAAUGGACUAAUAUGGUUUGCGUUUUGACUCCAUUCUGUAGUAGCGACAAAUCUAAGCAACUUACUGCUGUGACUAGGCAACAGUGUCAAGCUGCUAUCAAUUGCUUGCCAAGUGUCCUUCAAAAUAGCCUGAGCUCAGUCUAUAAUUGUGCGAAUUAUCCUGAUUCAAGCGGCGCAACUGUAUGUAUGCCUCCCGGUGAGGCCUAUAAGUUGGCUGGAGUAACUGCGUCUACAUGCACACUUCCAACAGGUGUGGCUGCUACCGUGGCAACUCAAGGCCAAACAGGGUCUGCAGCUGGAAUGACCAUGGGUUCUGCUUUGCUAUACUUAGCAUCCUUUCUGUUAGCCACCUGCAUUAAGAUAUUUAAUUAA